AUGGAUAUUUUGAAAAUCUUGUCCCGAGGGACAAAAAAGUCAGCUACUCAACCGACAAUUCCAAAACCUGUUGUCAAACCGUCCAAUCCUCAGCUUUACAAUGACCCUACUAGAGGACUUAAACGCAAACGGAAUGAGGAACAACCCUCAUCGAAUCAAGAAGCCGACGAUGAUCUAGAAGAGAUCAACUUUUUCGCGCCUCACAUAGCAAAAAAGCCGAUUCCCGAACCCGAGACGCGUGAGACAUCAAAAGAAGAUGCAUCAAAGCCCCUUCUUGACGAUGAAGAAGUGCGACAAGUCCUCCGAUCGCAUCGUCUAAAAUUUACUCUCCUUUCCUCGCACGAGCGCAAAAAGUCAAAAGUAAAGAAGUCAAAGAAGAAGGAAGAGGACAAACCUAAGGAAAAGGAUGGAAAGAAACAACUCUUUCCGCAACCAAUGACCUCGUUUUCUGAGCUUCGGUCUAAUUAUAAUAUCUCGACUCGGCUGGGGGACAAUCUUGCGAAACAAGGGUACCGGAUACCUACCGAAGUGCAACUGGGUAGUCUACCACUUUUGCUACAGCCAGAAAGAGCAAUUGCAUCAUCCACUGCGAAGGAAUCGAAUUUCAAGACCAAACAUGGUGUUGAUUUCUUGGCAGUUGCCCCUACCGGUAGUGGCAAAACACUGGCUUUUCUGAUCCCAGCUAUCAAUAGUAUUCUGCGUAGGAGAGCCGGUGAUGCGGCGCAGAAGGAUCAUAUUCUAGAAGUGGUAGUGGUUGCCCCCACGCGGGAAUUGGCUCACCAGAUCGUCAAUGAGGGCAGAAAGCUUGCGCAAGGCACAGGAGUCAAGAUCGUAGGAAUGAAACGGGGGAUGCAACUACCCGCGGAAGGUCAACCAGACAGCGAUUCUGACAAAGAAGAAGAGGGCUCGGAAAACGAUCAAGAAGCAGGUAGCUCUGACGAUGAUGAUGGCGAUGACGCUGAGGAUGACAAGCAAGACAACAAACCUCAAAAAGCGACUACAAUAACCAAAACUGACAUUUUAGUCACAACACCGAUGUUACUACGAAACUUUUUAAAAUCGAGGAAGUUGCCAACAGUCAAACAUUUGGUCCUAGACGAGGCCGAUGUUCUCCUCGACCCCCUAUUCAGAGAACAGACCCUUGGAAUAUGGACCGCUUGUACCAGCGACUCUCUGCGGGUAGCUUGCUGGUCCGCAACUAUGGGUUCUAAUAUCGAGGGAUUGAUAUUGGAGCAGUUGAAAUCCCGAGAGUCUCACUCCUCUAUCCCUCUAAUUCGCCUUGUUGUCGGACUCAAAGAUACGGCAGUUCCGAGCAUCAACCACAAACUCAUCUACACAGCGACCGAGCAAGGCAAACUAUUUGCGCUCCGCCAGCUUCUACAUCCCAGUUCUUCCGAUGACUCUAUGCCAAAUAUGCGACUUCCCUUCCUAGUGUUCGCACAGACGAUCGAUCGCGCUACAGCUUUACAUAACGAAUUGAAAUUCGAUAUACCUGUCGAGGCCGGUGGUUCAUCUCGCAUCGCGGCUCUUCAUUCAUCACUUUCAGAUUCGGCCCGUUCCAGCAUUGUUGCCCGUUUUCGAGCUGGCGAGAUCUGGGUUCUAAUCACGACUGACCUUCUUAUGAGAGGAAUUGACUUCCGUGGAGUUAACGGCGUUAUCAACUACGACGUUCCAACGUCCGCGGCAGCUUACGUACAUCGCGUUGGUCGAACCGGUCGAGCCGGCCACGAGGGUGGUGUCGCCGUGACGUUUUAUACUACCGAGGAUGUCGCAUACCUAAAGAGCAUAGCCAACGUCAUUUCUCUAAGCGAAAAGCAAGCUGGAAAAGCUAGCGAGGAAGGUAUUCCAAAGUGGUUGAUGGAUUCACUUCCUAAAGUUGGCAAGGAAGAAAAGAAGAAACUAAAGAAGCGAGGUGUGGAGUCUAGACGGGGAGAUAAGGCCAAGAUCACAACCCAGAGCGCUUGGGAGAGGCGAAAGGAAAACAACAAACGCGGAGCUAUUGCUGGAAGCAAGAAAAGGAAGAUUCAGGAGGGCGUUAGUGAUACCCAGGCAGUAGAAGACGGAGAAUGGGGCGGCAUCGAUGAUUAGGCAUAUCAGCAGUCUAUGGGCUUCUGACUAUCUUAUUGACACUAUACUCAACUUACCGUUGUAAAUAGAAAGUAUUGGCUAGCUACAACUUGACUGUAAAUAUAAUUGC